AUGCCGCCCACGUUAUUCCACAAACUUUUUAAUAAGAAAAACAACUCAUUUUCCUCACCGCCGCAAAGAUGCAGCAAAGAUGAGCCCGCGUUCAGCUGGCCAGUGCCUCAGCUGGAGCCCUGUCAGAUUCGGUUGCUGGUUUACCAGGACUGUGAACGCAGAGGCAGAAAUGUGCUGUUCGACUCCAACAAGAAGAGAGGAGCCGAGGAGCCCAACAUCACAAACACUGAUGGAAAGAUCUUUGGGAAGUGCUGCCAGUUGCGGUCCACAGGAGGCAGUAGCAGCUCUCUGGACAGUUCCUCCUCCUCCACAGAGACCAAAGAGCAAGGAGGCCUCCGCUUCCAGAGCUCGCGCUGCUCGUCGGACGUGGUGAUGCUCGGCGAGAUGAUGUUUGGAUCUGUUGCCAUGAGUUACAAAGGAUCAACGCUAAAAAUCCAUCAGAUCAGAUCGCCUCCUCAGUUGAUGCUGAGUAAAGUUUUCACAGCUCGGACCGGCGGCAGUGUGUGUGGCAGCCUCAACACGCUGCAGGACAGUCUGGAGUUCAUCGGUCAGGACAGUCACUCACUACGACCGGAUCCUCAGGCAGGACCCAGUGGGAACAUAGGAUUCUCUCAACUCUGCAGUCCCCGCCGGGCCUUCUCUGAGCAGGGCCCACUGCGCCUCAUCAAGAGCGCAUCUUUCUUUUCAGGCCACAGUCACCCCAUGGACAUGCCCAACCGAGGGCUACACAACGAGAGAGACAGCGGCAUCGCACGCUCUGCCUCCCUCUCCAGUCUGUGGAUCACCCCCCUCCCCUCCCCCGGGUCCUCUCUCAACAGCAGCUGUGCCUCAAGUUACCAGCGACGAUGGCUGCGCAGUCAGACCACCAGUCUGGAGAACGGAGUCUUCCCACGAUGGUCGGUGGAGGAGAGCUUCAACUUGUCCGAUGACAGCGCUGGUCCCAGUCUCGGCGUCACCAGGAAGAAGAAGAUUGCCAUCGGAGUCAUCUUCACUCUGUCCCAGAACCCAGAGGAGAACCAUCGCUUCCAGGACUUCUUCUUCUCACAUUUCCCGCUCUUCGAAAGCCACAUGAACAAGCUGAAGUCGGCAAUCGAGCAGGCCAUGAAGAUGAGUCGGAGGUCUGCAGAUGCCUCUCAGCGUGCUCAGGCCUACGGCCGCAUGGUGGAGGGACUCAACGACUUCAGGAACACAGUUUGUGACUUGUACACGAUGCCUCGAGUGUCUGAGCCUGUGUGGCUCACCAUGAUGUCAGGGGCCUCCGAGAAGAACCAGCUGUGUGGGACCUUCAUGAGGGAGCUGAGCCUUCUGAUGGAGCAGGCCUCCAAGAACCAGUUCCUUCCCGCCCUCCUCACUGCGGUCCUGACCAAUCACCUGGCCUGGGUUCCCACAGUGAUGCCCAACGGUCAGCCGCCAAUCAAGAUCUUUUUGGAGAAACACUCCUCUAAGAGCGUGGACCUGCUGGCCAAGACCCACCCCUACAACCCUCUGUGGGCCCAGCUAGGGGACCUGUAUGGAGCCAUUGGUUCUCCUGUGCGUCUUUCUCGGACGGUGGUGGUCGGUCGGAGACAGGAGUUGGUGCAGAGACUGCUGUACGUCCUGACGUACUUCAUCCGCUGCUCGGAGCUGCAGGAGGCGGGAGCAGGAGGAGCAGAGGCGGAGGACGAGGCUAUUGUGAUGCCCGGGUCACUCAUCACCACAGCGCUCAGAAAAGGGGAGGUGGAGGAGUCGGAGUAUGUGGUGGUGACCGUGCACAAACCAGGAGAACCCUACCUCCCCCAGAACCAGAGCUACCCCUCAGACCAAAGCCUCCGGAGCACGGAGGAGGAGGGAGGAGACCAGGAGGAGGGGGAGGACCAGCUGCAGGGAGGAGACCAUCAGGAGCAAGGAGACCAGCAGGAGGCAGGAGACCCACUGGAGGAAACACCGGAAGAGGAGGAAGAGGAGGAUGAGGACAAGGACGACAGCAGCAGCGAGAGCCAGGGCUCCAGGAGCAGUGUCCUUCAGACCGCUCACUUUGAGUCCGAGAGACCGAGCGAGACCCUCCACACACAGCCCAGCAGUCCGGUCUGCGCUGGACCCAGACCUGAGACCGAGCUCCGCAUGGGGUCUACCUCCCCCCACCUCCACAGAGAGGAGGUGUCCGCUGCGCCUUCAGAGACCAAAGACUCUGCGUUGGACCUGGAGGACGUCAGCGAGAGUCCGUCCACGAUAUCUCAAGUGGAGAAGAAGCCUCCGGACAAGACCAGCACGGACCCCAUCCCUCUGGCCUCCAAAGUCACCUUCCUGAUUGGGGACUCCAUGUCUCCGGAGUCGGACACGGAAAGCAGAGGGAGGCGCAUGGAGGAGGAGAUCCAGAAACACAAGAAGCUGCUCCACAAGGCACCGCUGCCGACCUUGGACCAAAGCAGAGAGACCAACAACGGCUCCACGCUGCAGAAGGCGCAGAGCAAGAUUCCCACUUGGAGCGCAGACGACUUUGCCGAGUAUUUCAGCUCCGAGAACCAGCGGGAGACCAGGACGAGCGAGGAGGGUGUGGCCAGAACCAAGGACCAGCACAGAGGGACUCCUGGUGAGGGUUUGGGAUCAGGUUUGGACUCGGACCAGAGCAGGACAGCAGGGGACGGGUGUGGGUGUGGCUUGGCCCCGAGGACUGGCACAGGAAGGAGGCCCGGCUUGACGAUAGGAGCACCGGGGUUGCCAGAUACUGAGGCGAAAGACGAGGACCAAAAGAGGAAAGUUUUACCGCUGAGCGACUGGGACAUCCCCCGGAACGAGAGCUCAGACAGUGCUCUGGGGGACAGCGAGACCGAGGAGACCGAGGACUGGCAGGAGGAGGUGCUGCCCUUCCCCAGGUCACAGUUGACGGACACGUACUCCAAACCGACUGUAGCAAACUUCGGGCGCUCUCUGUUUGGAGGGUACUGCCCCACCUAUGUGCCAGACUUUGUACUGCACGGCAUUCCCACUGACGACAAGCUCCGACAGGGUCUCAGCGCCGAACUCAGUCACGCUGUCCAGCACCCGGUGUUGGACGAGCCGAUCGCGGAGGCCGUGUGCAUCAUCGCAGACACAGACCACUGGAGCGUGUCGGUGGCGAGCUCUCAGAGACGCUGCACAGAGAAGGAGCGUCUGGGGAAGGAGGUGCUGGUGUCGUCGCUGGUGUUCAGCCUCCUGCAGUCUACGCACCAGCUGUACCGACUCAACCUGUCGCCCAACUUUUGUAUCAUGCACCUUGAGGACCGGCUGCAGGAAAUCUACUUCAAGUCCAAGAUGUUGGCGGAAUAUCUGAAAGGACAGACGCGAGUUCACGUGAAGGAACUGGGCAUGGUCUUGGGAAUUGAGUCCAGUGACUUGCCCCUGCUGGCAGCUGUGGCCAGUACACACUCCCCGUACGUGGCUCAGAUCCUGCUCUAG